UCUCCCUUCUCUUUCAAAGUAGGGUUGUGUCGAUCAUCCCAUAGUUUUGACGGAAGCUGUGUGCAAUCCACUGUAUUCUCGACAAAUGAUGUCGGAACUUCUUUUUGAGUGCUAUGGGAUUCCGAAGGUUGCCUAUGGAAUCGACAGCCUCUUCAGCUUCUACCACAAUAAGCCAAAGAACUUGACUUCCAGCGGGCUCAUCAUUUCAUCUGGAUACCAGUGUACACAUAUUUUACCCAUCUUAGAAGGGAGGUUAGAUGCUAAAAACUGCAAACGCAUCAACCUGGGGGGAAGCCAAGCAGCUGGCUACCUCCAGCGUCUCCUGCAGCUGAAAUACCCUGGACACCUGGCUGCCAUCACCCUCAGCCGCAUGGAGGAGGUCCUGCACGAGCACAGCUACAUUGCCGAAGAUUACGUGCAAGAACUGCAGAAAUGGCGGUGUCCUGAUUACUAUGAAAACAACGUCCACAAGAUGCAGCUCCCGUUUUCCAGCAAGCUCCUGGGCAGCACGCUGAGCUCCGAGGAGAAGCAGGAACGGCGGCAGCAGCAGCUGCGGCGCCUGCAGGAGCUCAACGCCCGCCGGCGGGAGGAGAAGCUGCAGCUGGACCAGGAGCGGCUGGACAGACUGCUCUGCGUGCAGGAACUGCUGGAGGACGGCCAGAUGGACCAGUUUCACAAGGCCCUCGUGGAGCUGAACAUGGACUCGCCGGAAGAGCUGCAGUCCUACAUACAGAAGCUCAGCGCAGCCGUGGAGCAGGCCAAGCAGAAGAUGCUUCAGGCGGAAGUCACCCUUGAGGUGGAUGUGGUGGACAGCAAGCCGGAGACCCCCGACCUGGAGCAGCUUGAGCCGACUCUGGAAGACGUGGAAAACAUCAAUGACUUUGAACCCUUGUUUUCAGAGGAGACCGCUGAUGUGGAGAAGCCAGUCGCCACUGUCCAGCCCGUGUUUAACUUGGCAGCGUAUCAUCAGCUGUUCGUUGGGACAGAACGAAUCCGAGCUCCAGAAAUUAUCUUCCAGCCGUCUCUCAUCGGGGAAGAGCAGGCCGGGAUAGCAGAGACCCUUCAGUACGUCCUGGACAGGUGGGUAGGACUGUUCCGGAGGACCUGUCUCCCUCGUAGGUACUCCAAGGACGCUCAGGACGUGCUGGUUCAGAACGUUUUCCUCACCGGCGGGAACAUGAUGUACCCUGGGAUGAAAGGCCGAAUCGAGAAGGAGCUGCUGGAGAUGAGGCCCUUCCAGUCUUCUUUUAAGGUGCUGGUGGUUCGGGUGACCGGGUGCUUGGCGAGCAGCAGUAGUCACUGGUCUUCUGAUGGCGGAAGUCGUAAACAGUAGCGUAGAGGAGGAGAAUUGCCUUCUGAUUCCAUCAUCCACACGUGUCCACUGUUAACAUUUUUGUCGCUUGCUUUCUGGUCUUUGGUAUGUGUUGAAUGUUUAAAGCAGAGUGGGAAUCACGUUUUUAA